CAUUAAUCUAUAUUGCGGUUAUAAGCAUUUGAUUCAUGAUGGAACACCGAGGACAAAGGCGCAGAUGGGAGUACUGGUGGAUUGCUUUGUGUUUCUCUCUUCUGCUAUUCUUCGGACAGCAGGUUUCAGCUCAGAUAAGAUACACGAUUCCAGAGGAAGUAAAAGAGGGAACCAUCGUGGGAAAUAUUGCUAAGGAUUUGGGCCUUGAUAUAAGUUCUUUGGAGGACAGACGAUUCCGUAUCGUUUCUGGAUCUAGUGACGAUUUAUUUCAGGUAAAUCAGAAUGGCGUCUUGCAUGUUCAUAAAAACAUCGAUCGAGAGGCGCUGUGUAAAAGUAAUAGCGCAUGCCCGAUAAACUUGAAGAUUGUCGUUGAAAAUCCACUAGAAAUACAUUAUAUUGGAGUGGAAGUGACGGAUAUAAAUGAUAAUUCACCCAGUUUUAGAGAACAUGAGAAACGAUUGGAGAUUUCAGAAUCAACAGCUCGAGGGACGCGCUUUCAGCUUAAGGCUGCGCGCGACCCGGAUGCAGGGGUAAAUUCUAUUCGUUCAUACAAAUUAACACAAAAUGAACACUUUGAUCUGGAAGUGAGAGAUCAGGGAGAAGAUAAACUACCAUUUUUGGUUUUACAAAAGCCUCUUGACCGCGAGCUCAAUGAUGAAUAUAAUUUACUUUUAACAGCAAUCGACGGUGGGAAUCCACAAAGAUCAGGGACACUCAAUAUUACAAUUAAUGUUCUUGAUAUCAAUGACAAUAGACCUGUUUUUGGUCAAGAUAUGUAUUCUACCACAUUAGAAGAAAAUAUUCAAAUCGGAACACUGGUCAUUCAGGUACAAGCAAGUGAUCGAGAUUACGGCCUAAAUGGAGAGGUCACUUACAUGUUUGGCAACGAUCAGAACCCAAAUGUCUAUGAAAUAUUUAGUUUGGAUAAAGUGACAGGUGACAUUCGUGUGAAAGGCAAUGUGGACUUUGAGGAGUAUUCAGUUUACAAACUUGAUGUUCAAGCAUCUGAUGAUGGUCAGCCGCCUAUGACAACCGAUUGUAGAGUAGUCAUAAAAAUUUUGGACACGAACGAUAAUAAACCCGACAUCGAAGUGACGUCACUAUCGAACGUUGUACCCGAAGAUUCUAAGCCCGGUACUGUAAUCUCACUCAUUAGUGUUACUGACAGAGACAGUGGUGUUAACGGCAAAGUUGUGUGCUCUCUUUCAGAAAACGUUCCAUUUGAAUUAAAACCCUCAGUUCAGGAAAAUAUGUACUCUUUAGUGACUAAAGGGCACCUGGACCGUGAAAUCAUAUCACAUUAUGACAUCACAAUAACAGCGACUGAUUUGGGUCAGCCACUACUGUCCUCUUAUAAAACUCUGAGUGUGCAGGUAUCAGAUGUUAAUGACAAUUCACCUGAAUUUACCCUGAAUCCCAUCGAAUUAUAUUUAAGAGAAAACAACGCUGCAGGUGCGUCCAUUCUCACUCUGAGUGCAUUUGACCAAGACAUAAAUGAAAACUCUAUGAUUUCAUAUCAAAUUAUUAAAGGGAACGGAACAAAAAGUGACAUGACACCUUUCCUAAAUAUUAAUUCUGAGACAGGCGCAGUUUAUGCGCUGAAAAGUUUUGAUUUUGAGACAGCCAAAAUUUUUACAUUUUACGUGCUCGCUACAGACUCUGGAAGUCCGUCUCUGAGCAGUAACGUGACAGUGAACGUGUUUAUUCUGGAUCAGAACGACAAUGUUCCAGUGAUCUUAUAUCCAGUCAGUGCUAACGGUUCUGCUGAGGGUGUGGAGGAGAUUCCCCGCAAUGUGAACGCAGGUCAUUUGGUGACUAAAGUCAGAGCCUAUGACGCAGAUAUCGGAUACAACGGCUGGUUAUUAUUUUCACUGCAGGAAGUUAGUGAGCACAGUCUGUUUGGUUUGGACCGCUAUACAGGACAGGUAAGGACCCUUCGCUCAUUCACAGAAACAGACGAGGCCCAGCAGAAACUGGUCAUACUGGUCAAAGACAAUGGGAACGUGUCACUCUCAGCAACAGCGACUGUGAUUGUCAAAGUUGUGGAGCCCAAAGAGGCUUUUGCAGCUUCGGAUGUGAAAAACGCAGUAAAAGACGAGGAGGAAAACAACGUGACAUUUUAUUUGAUCAUCACUUUGGGCUCGGUUUCAGUGCUUUUUCUCAUCAGUAUCAUCGUGUUGAUUGUAAUGCAGUGCUCCAAAUCUACAGACUGUUCAUCCAAGUAUUUACAAGAUGCAAAUUACGACGGGACUCUGUGUCACAGCAUCCAGUACAGAUCUGGAGACAAACGGUACAUGUUAGUUGGACCCAGAAUGAGUAUCGGUUCUACUAUAGUCCCGGGCAGUAAUGGGAAUACUCUAGUGAUACCAGAUCGCAGGAGCAGGAGAGAUUCUGGAGAGGUAAGUAUAUAUAUAUAUAUAUAUAUAUAUAUAUAUAUAUAUAUAUAUAUAUAUAUUUGUCUGGUUUCAGCUCAGAUAAGAUACACUAUUCAAGAAGAGGUGAAAGAGGGAUCUAUUGUGGGAAAUAUUGCUAAGGAUUUGAGUCUUGAUGUCAAUACAUUGGUGGACAGACGAUUCCGUAUCGUCUCUGGAUCAAAUGACGCCCUUUUUCAGGUAAACCAGAACAAUGGUAUCUUGUAUGUGCACAAACGAAUCGACAGAGAGGAGCUAUGUGAUGGAAUUGUUGCUUGUUUGAUAAGUCUAAAAACCGUGGUUGAAAAUCCACUUGAAGUUCAUUAUGUAGAAGUUGAAAUAUCUGACGUAAAUGACCAUGCACCCAGUUUUGCUGAUAAAGAUGUGGUGAUAGAAAUAGCAGAAUCAACCCCACCGGGUGAGGACAUUCCGUUGCAGGAAGCACAGGACCCUGAUUUUGGCAUGAAUUCUGUUCGCUUUUAUAAACUGAGUCAAACCGAGAAUUUUGAACUUGAGCUUCGCGAAAAUGGGGGAGACAAAAAAGUCCCAAUCUUGAAAUUACGUAAAUUGCUUGAUAGGGAGCGUCAGAUAAAGCACAGUCUAAUACUGACUGCUGUUGACGGUGGGAAUCCACCACGAUCAGGGAGUGUAAUUAUUAACGUCACAGUUCUGGAUGACAAUGACAACAGGCCUAAAUUUAGCCAAGAGGUUUAUUCUAUUACACUGCAAGAAAACGCUCUUGUGGAUACUCUUGUCAUUAAAUUGAAUGCUACUGAUUUAGAUGAAGGCCAGAAUGCCGAAAUUGUUUAUUCAUUUAUUAAAAAUAUCGAAAGACUAGUUUACCACACUUUUAAUUUGAACAAUAAUACAGGUGAAAUCCGUAUGAAAAGCAAUGUUGAUUUUGAGAAAAACGAUGUUUAUAGAGUUGGUGUUAUAGCGGCAGAUAAAGGGCAACCACCGAAGACAAGCAACUGUAGAAUUAUCAUUAAAGUGAUUGACGUAAAUGACAAUAGACCAGAGAUAGAAAUUACUUCCCUGUCUGAUGUAGUUCCUGAAGAUGCAAAACCAGGGACGGUCAUUUCGCUUGUUAGCAUUACCGAUAAAGAUUCGGACGUCAAUGGCAAAGUUGUUUGUAGAAUAUCUGACAAUGUACCUUUUGAACUAAAGCCGUCUUUUAAAGAAAAUAUGUACUCUCUUGUGACGAGUGCAAAGCUAGAUAGAGAGCUUAUGUCUCAAUAUGAUGUCACAAUAACAGCCACAGAUCUUGGUCAACCGCCUCUGUCCUCGGUCAAAACACUGACAGUGCAGAUAUCAGACGUGAACGAUAACGUUCCUGAAUUUCCUCGCAAUCCGUUAGAACUGUAUCUAAUGGAAAAUAAUCCCCCAGGCGCAUCAAUAUACUCUGUUAGCGCCAUCGACAAAGACUUGAAUGAAAAUGCUGCGAUAACUUAUCAAAUAAUUAGAGAAGAUGGAGGAAAAAGUCACAUUGCACCCUUCCUCAAUGUCAAUUCGGAUAAUGGACAUAUAUAUGCGCUUAAAAGUUUCGACUUUGAAACGGUGAAAACUUUUCAGUUCCACGUGCUCGCUACAGACUCUGGAAGUCCAUCUCUGAGCAGUAACGUGACAGUGAACGUGUUUAUUCUGGAUCAGAACGACAAUGUUCCAGUGAUCUUAUAUCCAGUCAGCGCUAACGGUUCUGCUGAGGGUGUGGAGGAGAUUCCCCGCAAUGUGAACGCAGGUCAUUUGGUGACUAAAGUCAGAGCCUAUGAUGCAGAUAUCGGAUACAACGGCUGGUUAUUAUUUUCACUGCAGGAAGUUAGUGAGCACAGUCUGUUUGGUUUGGACCGCUAUACAGGACAGAUAAGGACCCUUCGCUCAUUCACAGAAACAGACGAGGCCCAGCAUAAACUGGUCAUACUGGUCAAAGACAAUGGGAACGUUUCACUCUCAGCAACAGCGACUGUGAUUGUCAAAGUCGUGGAGCCCAAAGAGGCUUUUGCAGCUUCGGAUGUGAAAAAAUCAGUAAAAGACGAGGAGGAAAACAACGUGACAUUUUAUUUGAUCAUCACGUUGGGCUCGGUUUCAGUGCUUUUUCUCAUCAGUAUCAUCGUGUUGAUUGUAAUGCAGUGCUCCAAAUCUACAGACUGUUCAUCCAAGUAUUUACAAGAUGCAAAUUACGACGGGACUCUGUGUCACAGCAUCCAGUACAGAUCUGGAGACAAACGGUACAUGUUAGUUGGACCCAGAAUGAGUAUCGGUUCUACUAUAGUCCCGGGCAGUAAUGGGAAUACUCUAGUGAUACCAGAUCGCAGGAGCAGGAGAGAUUCUGGAGAGGCUGUCUCUGUGUUUGCCACGCUUGCUUAA